UGUAAAGAGACGACGUACUGUAGAGUAGGUAGCCUUGGCUCACGGCCCUCCACGCCAUAUACCCUUCGGGAGGUCUGCGGUAAGGGCUCUAGCCCGGCCGCCACGGCGUUAAAUACAACAACAACAACAACAACAACAGCCUGGAAGGCCCAGAAUCUUGACAUGAGUCGGGUUGGCAUUGAGAAUUUGAAAGUAUUCCUACAAGAGCUUCUGGACGAGCACCUCGAGGGGGAGCUGCCCAAAUUGAAGGACGAAAUCAGACGCAAACUUGAUUCCUUUGAAGCUGAUCUUGAAGAUAUGGGUCCUGAACGACGGUCCCUUGGCGAUAUUCGAUCGUUCAUGACCAACCUCAGCAUGCGCUACUAUCAGCUAGCUCAGGCAGCUUUAGACGGGAACUAUCACUGCUCGGAAGCUGCCUUCUUCGAGAAAAAGAAGGGAAGCAGACUCCGCUCCUUAGUUCAUCGGCGGAAUGGUACUUUUGCGGCGAAAGUCCAUGAGCAAGGCCGUAAACGCAAUAUCACCAACAGCCCACCUACGCCUCGGUCAGAGGAUGGCUCUAGUGGUGAUAGCGGCCAGCUGCUUGUCACACGAAGCGGGAUGAUAUCUUGGAUCCGACAGACCUAUAUCAGAACCCGAGGACGUGAGCUUCCUGGCAAUUACAACCACAUCUUACUCGCUGAGCUUUUCCACGAACACUCCAGUCCGUGGCGUCAUCUGGCGCGAGAGCACGUUUCCACUAUUCUAGAGUGUGUUUCAAUAUGGAUCCGUGAAGCGGUCUCUACGCUGUUCCACGAGGAUCGCCUACGAAGAGACAUCAACAGUUACUGUCAAGAGCAACUGGAUCUCUACAGGAAGAGUGCAAUAAGGGAGCUUGAGCAAAUAUUCCAAGAUGAGGACCGACAUCCGAUUACGUACAAUCAUUACUACGCCGACAACAUCCAGAAGGCGCGCCACACAUCGCAGAAAGAACUGCUGGAGAACUCGCUUGCUUCUAUCAGCGGGCGCAACAUGCAUUUAGGCGAUAGCAACCAAAGACAGCUGCUCGUUAACGAUUUGCAAUCCAAGCUCUGCGUCGAUAUGGAUCAGCAAGCGUGUGAAGAGGCUCUCGCGGGUCUCAAUGCCUACUACAAGGUUGCAAUGAAAACUUUCGUGGACAACGUGUGUAGACAAGUCAUUGAACGUCACAUAUUGGCUCCGCUGCCAGAGAUCUUCUGUCCCACCACAGUCUUGCAGUUCUCUGAAGAUGAGCUACUGCGCAUUGGGUCGGAGCCGGAGAAAGAAAUCGCUCGACGGCAGAGGCUCGAGGCGUCUGCUCAAGGCUUGCGGAGCAGCCUUCUUGAAUUGCAGCGCUUAUCAGGUUAGCUCAUGUUUAGAACGGCGGCUGCGCUGGAAUUUUUCCUUAGACUCUUGUUCGGGUUUCUUCCUCUUCAGGCUACUUAAAGAUGAAUCUGAUACAACAUUUACAGACAGCUUGAUAUACACUUCAAAGCUAAAGUUAU